UCUCUCCUCUUCAGUCCUGCCUGCCUGUCAGAAAGGUACUCCAGUGUUGGAGGCUAGGCUACCCUCCUCCCGGACCCCGUACGAGAGCCAGCCGCCGUCGUACCCCAAGGCUCGGGCUCCCCCUCUCACGGCUCCGACCAUGGCAACCACCGCUACUUCCACCCGGUUUACCGACGAGUACCAGCUGUAUGAGGAGCUCGGGAAGGGAGCUUUUUCAGUGGUGCGUAGGUGUGUAAAGAAGUCAUCAGGACAGGAAUAUGCUGCAAAAAUCAUCAACACUAAGAAGCUGUCUGCAAGAGACCAUCAGAAGCUUGAGAGAGAGGCUCGUAUCUGCCGUCUGCUGAAGCAUCCCAACAUCGUGAGACUCCAUGACAGCAUUUCAGAGGAAGGCUUUCAUUACCUAGUCUUUGACCUGGUGACAGGAGGAGAGCUUUUUGAAGACAUUGUAGCCAGGGAGUACUACAGCGAAGCUGAUGCCAGUCAUUGCAUUAGUCAGAUCUUGGAGAGUGUCAAUCAUAUCCACCAGCAUGAUAUUGUGCACAGAGACCUCAAGCCUGAAAACCUGUUGUUGGCCAGUAAGAUGAAGGGAGCUGCAGUGAAGCUGGCAGACUUUGGCCUUGCUAUUGAAGUACAGGGAGACCAGCAGGCUUGGUUUGGGUUUGCGGGCACCCCUGGCUAUCUCUCGCCUGAAGUCCUGAGGAAGGACCCCUACGGCAAGCCUGUGGACAUAUGGGCUUGUGGUGUUAUUCUCUAUAUCUUGUUAGUGGGAUAUCCUCCAUUCUGGGAUGAAGAUCAGCACAAACUCUAUCAGCAGAUCAAAGCUGGGGCAUAUGAUUUCCCCUCCCCAGAGUGGGACACAGUGACUCCAGAGGCAAAGAAUCUGAUCAACCAGAUGUUGACCAUCAAUCCAGCCAAGAGAAUCACUGCUGAACAGGCCCUCAAACACCCAUGGGUCUGCCACCGUUCUACAGUGGCAUCCAUGAUGCACAGACAGGAAACUGUCGAGUGUCUCCGCAAGUUCAAUGCUCGCCGAAAACUCAAGGGAGCCAUUCUCACCACCAUGCUGGUGUCCAGAAACUUCUCAGUGGGCCGGCAGCAUACCAACUCUGCUGCUGCCGCCUCCUCCACGGCCUCACUGGCUCAGGAAGCAUGCAAAAGUUUACUCAACAAGAAGUCAGACUCUGCUAAGCCUUCUACCAACAACAGUAAGAACAGUAUAGUGAGCGCCAUCAAUGCCCUGAAAGACACCAACAUGGCAACCAACGCCCAGAUGGAAUCGCAGAGCACAGUGGUGCACAACCCUCCCGAUGGAGUCAAGGGAUCAACGGAGAGCAACGCCACCAACGAUGAGGAGGAAAUGAAAGGUAGGAAAGCGGACAGUUCGGCGCUGAGUCAGAGCAGCGCCACAGAGGAGAUGCCCCCACUUCUGCCCUCACCUCAAAGCUCACCUGCCAUUCCACCGCAUGACGUAAAGCGCAUGGCAUGGAACAGCACAGGCAACAGCUCCUGCCCCGAGUCUGAGCUCUCACAGUCCUCCAUGCCCGCCGCUCCACUAGGGAGCAACACUGUCGCUGCUAAAAGCAACACUAAGCAGACUCGUAAACAGGAGAUUAUCAAGAUAACGGAGCAGCUGAUUGAAGCGAUCAACAAUGGAGAUUUCGAUGCCUACACGAGGAUUUGUGAUCCAGGACUCACCUCCUUUGAACCCGAGGCCCUGGGGAAUCUGGUUGAGGGCAUGGACUUCCACAAGUUCUACUUUGAAAACUUGCUGAGCAAGAACAGCAAGCCCGUGCACACCACCCUGCUCAACCCGCACGUGCACCUGAUCGGCGAGGAUGCGGCGUGCAUCGCCUACAUCCGGCUCACACAGUUUGUGGACUCCACGGGCCACCCUCGUUCCAGCCAAUCGGAGGAGACCAGGGUGUGGCAUCGUCGCGAUGGCAAGUGGCUCAAUGUUCACUUCCACUGCUCAGGAGCGCCUGCUGCACCACUACAGUGAUCAGUGGUCCUGAGCCUCCAGUCUACUGGAGUGUGUGUUUUGGGGGGCAGUUUUUUUCAGCAAGCGUGUUUAAGAGGCACGUCCUCUGCGUGGAUUGGCUAGUGCCAGGAGCCCGGCCGGGCGAGAUCGCAUCCCUCUCCACGAUACCAACCAAUCCUGUCCCUCCUUUGACCUGCUGGGGGCCGGCUGAACACAAGACACCGCCCCCAUGGGAUGAUGCAUGCAUCUGGCGCCUGAUUGGAGGGCGCGUCUUUGCCCUCUAUCCCUCCCCUGGCAGCCAUCUUUUUUCUGCCCGCGCGAGAUGAGACGUCCUGGGGGAGGAGAGGAUUUACAGUUGAACUUGUGACAGUUUAUGAGUAUGAGUUAUGAAUAUACUGUGUAAAUUAUGACUAGAUGUACCAGAAACCACCAAAACCCAACCAAGCAUUUAUAUUCACUAUCUAAUAAGGGAGGAACAGAGAGGAGUGUGAAGUUAGCAGCUGAGAUUUUGGACACAUUUUUGGCAUUCUGGGGUUUACCGGGUAGAAAGUGUUGCACUCGUUACCCGGACGUUGAUGUAAAGAUGUAGGGAGAUUUUCCCCAACUGAAUUAUAGAGGGAAAGAAAUCAAGUCGGCUCAGUCAGAGAACGUGAUGGCGAGAGAAACUUGAUAUCAAAAAACAUGAAGCACCAAAGUGUAGAACUUUAGGCUUUUUAUGUGUUUAUGUGUUUUCGUUUGUGUGCUUGUUUUCCGACACAAUGGAAAAUUGUGUUGUCGUGGGACGGGUUUCUGAGUUGAGGUUACGUGUUCUGUUGUGUUUUUAGCGUCCUGUUCCCUUUGCGUUCCUGUGAAUAAGCGGAGCCUUUUUUCGUUGGGUUUUUUUUUUUUUUUUUUUUUUUUGUUUCCGUUUUUUUUAUUUGUCUGACGGAUCCUACAUUCGAGGCUCCUUUUAUAAAACAGCUGAGUUUUUAAAAAAGAGGGAUUUUACUGUGCAAGUUCAAAGCUAACCUGCGCGUGCUAACACGUUCUGUUGUGUCUGUAUGCAUUGGAGGGAGAGAGUGGGCCGGUAAAGGCGUCUGCGUUUUGCAUGUUUGCCCGCCGCCUCUCCCUCAUUCACCCCUUCCUGCUCCCUCUCCCUUUUCCUCUCUCUUCAACCAUUCCCUCUUUUAACCUUCCCUCCAACUCCUUAUCUCUGCUUUCUGCAAGGGCCUGGUUUGUUUAUAAUCACUGUGUAAAUACAGUGUGUGUAUAGAUAUAUGUAGAAAAGUGUAAUAUAUGUACAUGUAUCUAAGAGACACUCAUCCUGUGUAUCUGGGUAUAGGCACCACCCCAUGACCUCUGUGACCACCGAUCUAGUUUAGGAGGAACAUUUUCCUCACAGAUUUCAAUUUGUUGUAACUCUCCUCCUUUAAAUACUUCCUUAAGAUAUUGGUAGCUCUCGAUUAUUCACAACAAACAUGGAUACACACACUCGUGUAGGCUACUGGCUCUAGUCCCAUGGCCGUAAGACUGUUUUUGGAGAUGGGGAACAUAAGAAAUAACAGCUUGAAAAUAGUUUGACCCGAACAACUAUGAGUUUUUAAACAUGAAAACCUUCAUCAUAGUUUCCUUAACUCCUGAUCCCACAAUGCUGUGAGCCGUCUCUUCAUAUCAUAUGCACACACACACACACGCCUGGUGUUGUGUUUAGGCUUUGUAACAUAUCCGCAGCACUACUGUGUGACCACAGCACCACCCUUGCUGUGCUGCUUAAUUGUCUCCAUCCAUCCGCAGCAGUCGUAUCCCCCGCCCCGCCCCGCUCCGAUAUCUCCCCCACCCCCACCCCGGUGUACCGACAAGUCCCUGCUCUUGAGAUGUUUAGUUGUACCUCUCUCUGUUGUUUCUCUGUUCCUGUGUUACUGGUUUGAGUUUUUUUGUUGUCGUCGCUGUUGCUGUUAACUUUGUCGUUUGGUAAUUUGCCGAUCUGCCAAGCUGGAGUUCUGCACUCUCCCUCGCACACAGAAAAAACAAAAAAAAAAAGAAAAGGGAAAAAUGGAGAAAGAAAUACAACACAAAAUUACAGAUUUAAUGAUCAUAGAUUGAUCAGGACUAAAUUAUUUAUUAAUGUAAUCUGCCCUUGGUGGUUUUAAAUCGUGCCUGCUCAAUGGAGAGGAGUUUUGAAAGCCAGAGAGAGAGAUAGAGAGAGAGAGAGUUGGUGUGGAUGUGCAGGUUUUUGUGACCUACACUGUUGAACCAGAGCGGGAGACCUAGUUAUAUGCAUGUUUCAGUUACGCAUUUCUACCAUGUACCUACCUGAAUAAGGAUGGAGCCUAGUGUUAAUAUAUGAUAUUUGCAUCUUUUGAAAUAAGAAUUUCCUCCAUCCAGAAUGUUGAAUAGGUGACAUGAAAACUAUUUAAACAAAAAAAAAAGAGCAAAAAAAAAAAAAAAAAAGCAAAAUUUUUAAAAAAAGGAUUCAGGAGCCGUAGCUUGGUAUGAGGCCCUCGAUGUUAGCGUUUUCCCUGCGUUGUAAUGAUAUACUAUUGGGCUGCGCUUUCUCCCCCAGCCUUCACGUGGAUGCUGGAGUUUUUUUGCAUGAUCAUGAUGUACAAUGAAAUACAACCAUGAAUUGACGACUAUCAAGUGUUUGUCUGAGUGUUAGUUGGUCUUCAUCAUAGCUUUGUUAUUCUUCAAACUUGGAUCUUGAAAGUAUUUAAUAAAAAUACUAUUUCAGCACUG